AUGUCCGUUGUUUACAACAAGACUCCAUUGUUGCGCCAAUUCUUCCAAAAUAGUGUUGCUAAAUCAUCUGCUACUGCAUCUGUCACCGCCACUCCACAGUUCUUCGUCAAAUAUGAAUGUCUUCAGCCAAGUGGAAGUUUUAAAAGUAGAGGUAUCGGGAAUUUGAUCUUAAAGAGUGCAAUGAACAUUAAUAAAAUAGGUCAAAAAACUCCACAAGUAUUCGCGAGUUCUGGUGGGAACGCAGGUUUUGCUGCAGCUACUGCUUGUCAAAGAUUAUCUUUACCAUGUACAGUAGUUGUACCUACCGCGACAAAGCAAAGAAUGGUUGAAAAGAUUAAAUCAACAGGUGCUAACGUCAUUAUUAAUGGUGCUCAUUGGAAAGAAGCUGACAUGUUUUUGAAAAAUUCAAUAAUGAAUAAAAUUGACACAAAUCAUAUUGAACCCAUUUAUGUUCAUCCAUUUGAUAACCCAUUAAUUUGGGAGGGUCAUGCCACUAUGGUCGAUGAAAUAAUGGAUUCAUUGAAUGAUCAAAAUAUUCCCAUCAACAAAGUGAAAGGUAUUGUUUGUAGUGUCGGUGGAGGUGGUCUUUAUAAUGGUAUCAUCCAAGGUUUACAAAAAUAUAAUUUAGCUGAUAAAAUUCCAAUUGUUGGUGUCGAAACUAAAGGUUGUCACGUUUUCAAUACCUCUUUGAAAUUGAAUAAACAAAUCGAAUUCUCAAAGAUAACUUCUAUUGCUACAUCCUUAGGAACUGCCAAUAUCUCUAAAAAGACUUUUGAAUAUGCUCAAAAAUAUAAGACUCGUUCUGUCGUCAUUGAAGAUAAAAAUGUUAUCGAAACUUGCUUGAAAUAUACUCAGGAUUAUAACAUGGUCGUAGAGCCUGCUUGUGGUGCUUCAAUUCAUUUAGCUUAUCAUACUGAUAUCCUAGAAAAAUCAUUGGGUCAUAAAUUGAACUCUGAUGAUAUAAUAUUAGUAAUUGCAUGUGGUGGCUCUUCAAAUACUACUCAUGAUUUGGAGUCAUUAUUAUUGAAUAUGAAAGCGGAUGAAAAACAAAACCUAGAUUCAUCAUCAUCAACAAUCCCAAAUUUCAUCGAUACUGAAAAUACUCAACAUUUUCCAAUUGACAUUAGUGCUUAA